UAUUACUGAAUUAAUACAGAAACAGUUGCGGCAAUGUUCAAUGUGCAACACACGCCUAUAAACAUAUUAACCUAAAAAUACAGUGUAAUGUAAUAAAUACCGCAGAGUAUUAAAUUAAUAUUGUCAUCGAGUUAACACAAAAUCCUUAUUAAACAUGGUGUCCGUAGCAGGAGCGAUAUUUCGCGUCAAGCGACACAUAAAUUACGGUGUCAUGGUUAACGGAUUUCAUCAAUUUUGUGCGUUGAACCAUAAGUGGAGGUGGAGGCAGGGGUUAACAAGCAAUCCAACUACGUUCGGUCCCCUGACAAAUCUACCGGAUUAUUCAUUUAAAGAUGGCAGGCCCACACCACUUGGAACAAGACAAAAAACAAGGAUGGACACGCAGAAGCAAUACGCAGAAAGAAUUGUUAAAUUAGUGUCGGAGAUAGAUUAUGCGGUCGAUAGGCAUGCUCGGCAGCAAGAAGAGGAGAAACGGGAGAGGCAACGAAUCCUUGAUAGUAAACUAAAACCCAAAGGUGAUUUACUGCUUCAAGAGAGUAAGGUAAAAAAAAGUAGUUCUUCUAAUUGAAAAAUAAUAUAUCUACCUGAAUAAAUGUCGUUGUAUAAUAUA